AUGCCUCACGCGCUCGCCUUUACGCUAUCAUUGUCCUUAUAUUUUCUAACCCUCAUUCCAUUGUUUGCAUCAGCAGCUGUUUUCCUGCCCUCCAUCUCUCCAAACAACGACGUUUCUCUCGCCCUCUCUCCUACUGCCAAACUCAACACCAACCUCACCGCCAUUCCAGAUGGUCAAAUCCGUUGCGUCCUCCCCUACCCGCACCCCAUAGACCCUGUCAGUCUCCGCACCUGCCAACCCACAAUCGACCGCCUACUCAGUUAUCCUUGGAUCGACACUCCGCAAACAUACCGUUUCUCGCAAGACCGAAAAGGACUCAUCAAGAUAACGAGCACGUUUUGUGCCAUUAGUCUCGAUCGAAAAUACCAUGCUGGAGAGAUUACGAUUUCGCUCAGGCAGAUUUUGCAGAGCGUGAUAAGAAUUUUAUCGCUUUGUAGUGCGUAUGGGGAGGGCGGAUGGCAGUAUAUGGAUCCGCCUUGGAAGGACUGGAUCGUGAUUAUACAGGGCACUAGAGAUAUGGAGGCUGGAAGCAAUGGCACCAUCGGAGAAUUGGAAGGGAACGUAGUGCAUGUAGGCGAAGAGGAGUGA